GCUGCGCGUAUAGAUGCAUUUAACACAUUUAGGAAGGACGUUUCAAGGGCCUCUUUCUCGAUCUGGAGCCCACUGUUAGUAGAUUAUGGCAGGCUGCUCAAAAGUAUAUAUGCCCCGUUGAACGUGGGGGGGUUGGCGAAGGGCGUGUCUGCGGCCGACCUGGAGGUCGUGUUCGGCUCCAUCGGCUGCGUCGCCGGCGUUGAGUUCGUGCGCACCAGCGGCUGUAGCUUCGCCUAUAUCGACUUCCACUGCCUCUCCCACGAGGUCAUGACCAAGUUGUUCUCCACCCUGCUAUGGGUUCUCAUGGUUCCCCUGUCUCGGUUUAUUGGAAUGGCGAUUCGAGAAGGAACAUCAUCUUGUGGAUGGACCAUAGGGCUCUUGACCAAGCCGAGCGAAUUAAUUCUCACAAUUCACCGAUAUUGCAAUUUAAUGGUGGGAGUGUCUCCCCAGAAAUGCAAGCUCCAAAGGAUAUGGAUAAAUAGUUUUGAAUUAUUUUGUAGUGAGAAGGUUUUAUGGGUAAAGGUAAAUCUGCAAAAAUCUUGGUCUAUGGUAUAUAGAUCAGGUUAUAUUUCCUUGGUAGCAUGGCAGCAGCACCCAAUCAGACCACAACCUCGGCGGGUGUGCUCUGCAAUCUUGGCCACCGUCGGCAGAUGUUCCUGGUCAGCAUCAAGGAAUUGUUUUGAGACUUGUAUCCAUUUUUCCCUGGUAAAAUCGAUGACCGUCCGUGUUGGUGACCUAUUGAUCUUUUAAUUUCUAUAUUCGCAAAAAAAAGAUCUUCUAAUUUAUAAAGAUGUCUCUGACUUGUUCACAUGCCAAUAAAUAUAAGCUGCAUCAAGUGAGCUUUCCUGUCAAUAAGUAGCGACACUUGUAGAGGCGACUUGGAUCAGGGAGCAUAUGGAGCGACACUUGCAGAGGCGAUGUCAGCGGCUGUCGAGUGCUGACCCGCCCGUUGGCUACCUCUGAGAGUGGCACAUGGUACUGAAUCAACGCCAAUUCCCUCGCCAUGCCCCUUCCCUGGUAAUGACCCAGGCUCCACUCAUCUCUGCUCCACUAGAUGCACUUUCCUCCCUUAGGCUUUCAUUUUUUUAGAGCUGCACUUUCUCCGCCUCGUUAAGCAAGUGAUAUACAAAGUGGAGCAAGAAUUAACACCAUGGAAGAGGAGGAAUACAACGUUUUGUGGUACGUGACAUAUCCGAUGAAAUGUAGUGCAGCCAGGUACUACGUAUUUUAAAUUUUGCAUGAGGGCCGCCGCCCACAUACCACGUCCCCGAUCCUCGCGAGAGGUAUCACUCCUAUCCCCUCGCCGUCUCACCUUCCUCCUGCGCAUUACUUUUUUUUGGCUCACUUGCAGUUGUUUUGGUUCAUCAUUGGUCUAAAAAAAGUACUACAUUGUUACUGAUGAGAAAACUUCUGUGAUAUUGUGAGGCGAAGUAUUUAACUAGUAAGUGUCUGAUGCCCUGAUGUCUUACUUUAAGUCCAUGUUACACGCAGUAGUAGGACUUCAUAAUAGGAUGGGAGCAACCUGCAUCUUUGGAAUGUACUGAACUAAUUUGAUGAAAAAUAACUACGUACUUUUGAACUGAAUACGCUACAGCAACUGUCGUCAGCAUUGACUACGCCACUGUCAAAUGCAUGUUUGUUUAUUCAUAAUGAUUUCUUAAUCCCUUUAGUUAGAAGAAUCAAAAGCAGUUAAGCACCUAAGCUCGUAAUUCUGCAUUUUUCAUUGUAGUCCCUUUUUUAUCAGAUUGCGCAAUGUCAAUGGUCUCUGUACUCUGAAGAGUCAAGAGUACAUUGUUACUAACUAACAAGGCUCUGUUAUGCACUUAUGCUUCGAGGCGAAGAAGUAUUUACCUAUUGAGUUGUUGAUCAUUUAUUUUGACUUAGACUCUACAUGCAACCAUUUCAUACCAUUUAGCUGCAUUAACUUGGGCAUAAUAUAGCAUCUUCCGUUCAAUUUUCUUUUCCUGUUUUUUGCGAGCUUUAAAACCUUGAGAUACUCAUCGGUGCAUAUCUGAAAAUUCAGGUACUACACAAAGUGGAAUUUGCGCCGGUGUCAAGAGAACAAGUACAGGUUCCUCAUGUCAUGCCUAUAAGUUUCACUCCGAAUAAUAAAGUGUCCUCAAGGGUCGUACUAAAAAAAGAACUACAUCAGCAAGUUGAUUCAAUAAUCCAUCCUCUGUUUUGCCCCUCGUUGGUUAGUUAUUCAGUUAUGGGCCGGGGUGGGAGUGGGAGUAUUGAUGGCUGUUUGUUCUUCACAAAGUUUUGGGUGAAAGAGCAAAUUGGCAGCAAUUAGUGAGAUCCUACUGGUGGUGGUUUGCGAGUACACGUGAAUAGGAAAUCAGAUGAGAUCAAAUCUCAUGAUUCCAUCUCGUCCCGGUCCUCGGCGGACGGGGUGUCAGGGUGAGUUGUUCGUUUGUUCGGCCCUCAUUUCGUGGUGUUCAUGAAAUGUGCAACACAUGUACCAUGAAGGGGGUUAUUUAGUUUCAUUUUCUCGAAAUAUACCAUACUCUCUCCAUAUCAAAAUAUAUUCUAAAAUAUAAGGCAUUUUUUAUUGUUCAUAAAUCUCUCAUAGAAUAUUUAGUCCAUGGUUACAAAUCAUAAUAUACGAAAGUGAGUUUGAAUAUGGAUAUAAGAGUGUCUAUUUUAUGUACUUUAAAUUAUGCUUUAUUUGACUAAUUAUAGGUCAAAGAUUAUUAACAGCGACUAACACAAAUACUGGCAUUGCACUACGUGCAUAUCAACAUUUAAAAAAUAUUAAGUGAUAAUGUACAUUAUUAUGAUUCUUAACAGAGGAAUGAGUGUGAAGCUCAAGACCCCAUUUAAUGGAGCCGUCUAUGAUGCAUGCGAUGAGGUCUUAUUAUUGAUGAUGCCAUGUACUACAUUUUGUUUGCAUAAUCCAUCACCUAGCAUGUAUUUGUUAUAACCGAGCACCGCAACGAAUCUGUUAUUUACCUUAGGAGGGUAAGAAAAAACACAAUCAAUGAUAUUAUACAUAAUUCUAGACAUUGUUUUAGAGUAUGUUCUGAAGUAUAUUUUUCUUUCAGUAAAUGUUGGAAAUGUCUAUGUACUUUUUUCUCCCAAUAUGUUAUGGUCAUCUUCCUGCUAUGCAUAUGAAUUUCAUGGCCAACUUAGCAGCUGGUGGUUGGUGAUCCUUUCUACUUCCUCGCCGGCUCGAUAAAUCUCCCGGUUUCCUUCUCCUACCACUCUUCCUCCCUUGUGCUCUGUAACUUGGCCAUUGAUGUGGAUGUUAGUAAUUAGAUGGUGAUAUUUGUUUUAUAGAAAUACUUAUUUUUUUGCGGGUGUUUAGAAAUACUUGUUAGUUGCACAGAUGGAUCCUGCAAGGAAUAAUUUUACAAUGGAAAUGCAUAUCUAUUGAAUUGAUGACUAAACAAGUUUGCGGGCACAUCUAUGAAAAUACAGGCAAAUACAGACAUAGAUUUAAGGGUUCUCAUUCAUUUAAAUCUUAAUGUUGAGAGAAGCCGAUCUCUGGAUAUGAGUAUUUUCUUCCCUGUUUGUGUGAUUGUUUAAUUGAAUGGAUAACUGUGUCUCCUGAAUAUUGUUCCAUGUAAUUGUUUUAAAUCUACCGAAUUAGUUAUCUAAAUCAGUUGAUAUUUUGCAAAGCUUCAAGCUUUAGUUUUUGCACUUCAUGACAUCAAUUGUUUGUGCAGAUUCAAGAUUUAUUUCUGUACAUAGCAGUGAUUAGUGGAUUACUGUCACACGCUCCUGUUGUCAUCCAUGUCUCCUCAGGUGCCUUAGGUUUGUGAUGCGAAAGUUGUCUUACAUAUGUAAAUUGUUCUGUUUUUCUUUCGCCAAAACAUUAAUAAGCCCACGAUACAUUUUGCUUCUUUUUUAUCUGAUGUCCAUUUGUAGACUAAGUGCUUUAUUUAUGAUAGUGAAUUUCUGGCGUACAUGUGAAUAUCUCAUGUAUAUACAAUCAGUACACUCAUGACUCUAUGAGGACAGUUUUCAGCAAGCGGUGCUCCCCGAAUGUUGCGUUGAACUACGUCGUUGCGUGGCUUGCAACCUUCUCCUAUGAAGCCCGUAUGCAAAAUUGAAACUGUCAUGUCCUAGGUGUUGUGCUCGACUAUUCAUUGUUGAUCUUCAUGAGGUCUUUUCCUCUAAAAAAAAUGAUGUAUUCAAUUUUUUUUCCAUUGCAUUAUGUGUUUUAGAGUUUUCUACUGACACCAGGUUCAUGGCAUUGUAAAAGAAGUAUUGAUUCAAGAUAAACCGAACCUUUUCUAUUUACAAUCAACUUAUUAUUGAAGGUUGCA